AUGGUUUGUUUCGAGACGGUCUUAACAAGGGGUGCUGCUUUCGGGAUUUCACAGUUCUUGAUCGGUUUGUUCGUGAUAAGGGGAUAUCGGCGCAAGUGCAUGAAAAGUGGGCAUAAAGGAUCUGUCAAAGCAGAUCGACUACCAAGAAAAACCCUGGAAGACUUUUCUAUUGUUGUACUGGAAAGGGAGCAAAAUGUGGUUUCAUAGAUUGGGUUGAUGAGGACAACUUUAAUGGUGAAAAAACUGAAAAAAGUAUCUCCCCUGAUUUGCAGAAGUCAUGGAUGAGCUUCA